AAAGCAGUACGGGACUGGGAGGCAACAAAGCAACAGCCUUUCAGCCUUUGGUGGGACUCCCUGUCAUCUUCGACAUCAGGAUGGGGAACCCUUCUUCGUGCUGUCAAACAGGCCUUUCUAGAUGCUGCCACUGCCCCUAAAGAGGAAAUGGAACAAAAUGGGACCGAUUCUUCAUAUGAGUACCAGAAUGUCAUGGAUUCUGCACAGUUUCCAGUACUUUGUAAUGGCUCAGAAACUAGCAACUGGACCCGGAAAUCUCUGUCUUGGAUCUUGCCUAACAGGACAAAAGCAGAGCUGAAUAUGCAAAUAUGGCGCAUUGUCCCUUACUGGCUUCAAGUUGAUCCUGACUCUAUCUCGUUACUGCUGCCUUCUGUAACCUCCAGAGAUGCUGGAAACUACACCUGCCACUGGAAGAACCAGAGUCAGCAUUUUCAGCUGGAAGUGUCAGCAAAGUCAGGUACACCUCAAGCUGUUUGGCAGCAUUUUGGAAAACAGCACUGGAUCAUCUGGAGUGUGGCCCUAGGAUACCUGGCUGCUUGCCUUGGCUCCCUCUUCUGCUUCCUGCGGUUUAAGCGUGCCUUUCAUGCACGUAGAGAGAAGAAGCAGCUGAGGGAACCAGCCAGGAGAAAGUUCUUCCAUGCCCAGCGGAACAAGGCACCAGGCCCUGAUGGAAUUCUGCUGCCUGCAAUGAAUGGAGAUGGCAAGGAGCAAAUGGAUGCCUUCUCCUAUGAGAAUAUAUUGCCGAACAUGAGUUCAAGGGGUGGCCAGCAGUCCCUACAGAAAGCAAACACCCUGCCUGCAGCUGGCAAGAUGGAAGACGAUGAUGAUGAAGAGUAUGAGCAUCCAGACAGUGAGAUAGAACAGAAAUCAGAUGAUGAGGACAACUAUGAGAACGCCCAGGAAGAAGUGAAACAGGAAGACGUGGUUUCGAACGAUGGUUCCUCUUAUGAAAACAGCAAAAAAGAGAGAUGUGGCUCAGAUGGUGACAACUAUGAAAAUGUGGAAGAAGAGAUUGUUUUGAGUCCUGGAGCUGCACGACUUAUUGCAGGUUUGCGCCUGCAGCUGGCUCUAGACCCCCAAGUGGACAAGCAGGAUGGGGGCAGUGAGGCAUCGACAGGCUCCCAGUCAUAUGAAGAGAUGAAUGGAACCUUGAGCCCCACCACAAGCAAAGGUCUCCAAACAAGCAAUGAGGAGGAUGGUGAUUCCUAUGAAAACAUGGAGAGCCCCAACUCCUUCAGUUUACGGAAGGAAGGCAAUGUGGAUCCAGGAGGGGAAGGAGUUGCCUUUGGUUCCGUGCGGCAAAAUCUCUCCAUUUCUUUUGGGGCUGAUCUCAAAGGAGCUCUGUAAUGCUUACACUAGAACAAGCCAAUGCAGAAGGGCAAGCUUGGGUACUUGGCUGUCCACAAUUCCUUUCCUCCCUCAAACUAAAGUGAACUCACCCAGGCUCCCUGCUUCUUCCAAGAUUUUGGCACUCUCUUGGAGCAGAAGGAUAGGAAAGUAAUAUUGGGAGACUGAACUCCUGGGUUUGAUCACCACCAGGAAAACCAGCAUGGAGUCUUCUAUUCCUGAGUGGGAGGCAGAAGGGACUGAUGGAGACAUUCAAUUUUGUGAAAAAUGAAAGUGAUAUGAGAGAGGCAUUUUGUAUAUAUAAGACAAUUAUUCCUUUGUUCUCCCAUCACAGCUGGCCAAAGUUUCUUGAAACAAGAUAGAAACCUGUAUAUUUUGAUAGAUAUCACUUGAAUAGUGAGUCUGUUUGCUAUAAAUUCACACUCAUUCGUUUUUGGCCAGCUAUAUGAUCUACCUCACGGAAUGAAGUUGAAAAGCAACCGGUUCUUUCAUGUUUCAGCAUAAAUUUAGGGUUUGGAAUUUCAAUAGGCUGACUCUUGUGCUGGUCAGAAACCACCUCCCCUCCUUCCUACUUGCCCAGUUGUUUAUAUUCUUGUUACUAUGAAAGAAAAGCUAAAAAGCCAGAAAUCCACCCACGUAAUACCUUAAUUAGGAUCAAACAAAUGACACAUGACAGUAUGCAAACUUUCAAGUUCUCCAGAACUCUAGAUCAGACCAGAUGGUACAGAAUGAAAAUGGGCAGAGUAGAAUUUAAGCACAUUCUUCAUAUGGUGUUAAGACCUCCUUAUGUCAAUAUAUAAUGGAUUUUAUUUUUAAAGAAUACUUAUUAUUUUAUUGAUAAGAUUAAAAGCCCAAUAAAAAGGGGCAUAGAAAAGAGAAAGAAAAAGGAAUGAAAUAUGUAUUAUUUUUCUUUGCUUUUUUUCUUUAUUCUUUGUUCUUCUCUUUUUCUCUCCUUUUUAAUCCCUUUUCUUUCUCUUUUAAAUAUAUUAUGGAAUUUCUGACAGGCAAAGAUUCAUGUUUCAGGUUGCUGCAGGCCAUAAUGACUUUAAAGCAAUUUUUUACUAUUUUCCCUUUCUUGCCAGCCAGCUCUCCAGACUAUUGACUGGUUGACCAUUGUAAAGCCCCCACAUA